AAAAAAAGAAAUUAAUACCUUAAUACCUGUAAAACGACAAUUUUUUCAAUUUUCGUAGUUGGAAUUUUUCUGUCACCAAUCACGAAUACUGCAUUUACGAGUUCUUUUAAAAGUAGAUCAUAAAUCAUAAUAAUACAUGAAGUUUUGUUCUCUGUGCGCAAUUCUAAGUGAAUUCUGGUCGUCCGCUUUACAUCUUGGAGUGCGUCAACAGCAGUACACACGUCCGCAGUUGGUUUUUGGUGCUGCGAUCGAUGUCGGAUGUUCCGGACGUCGUCGUCCGCUUGACGGAACGUCUUCUUUCGGUGGUUGUUCGCUCAUAGUAGUACGACGCGUGCGACAUACCAAACACAGAGCUCCCCUCGUCCGUGUUCGUCCGCGUCGUCCUGAAGCGGUGUUCGCGUGAACGUUCGUUGCAUGCGAAAUGGGAGCGAAGGCCAGCACGGCCAAUGGCGAUGACGGUGGCGCCAGUCAUGGCGAUCAUCGGUCGUUCUCUUCUGGCAAUGGGCCGGAUUCCGUGCAGACGGCCAGCAAUCCUGGGUUCAGCAUUCUGCGUUCCUUGCCCAGCGCUGUAGCCAACGACAGACAACGUGCCAGGUCUCUAUCCGGCGUGCCCAACGGUCACGACAACAACAGCAACUCGACGAGUCCACGGUUCGAUAUUACAGAUGUCUUGGAGGCUGAUAGUAGCUCAAACGACGACCAGAACUUGGACAGUCCGACAGUCACGGCUAAUAUUAGUCUUGGACGCGUUUAUUCGGCUCAUUCGUUACCUGCACAUAUUUGGCCAUUCAACGGAAUUAAGUGUCCAGUAUGUUCAAAGUUUGUUUUACCAGACGAGAUAGAAGUACAUUUGGUUAUGUGCUUGACCAAACCUAGACUGAUUUACAACGAAGACGUUUUAAAAGAUGAUAAAGGUGAAUGUGUCAUAUGUCUGGAAGAACUUAUACAAGGUGAUACCAUAGCCAGGCUUCCUUGUCUUUGCGUAUACCAUAAAACAUGUAUUGACCGGUGGUUCGAAGUGAACAGAUCGUGUCCUGAGCAUCCCGGAGAUUGAAUCGUUUAUACACAGACUUCGAACAAAAUUUGAAAAAGGGAAUAUAAGAUGAUACAUAUAACAAAUAAUUGUUGCGCAGCUAUAUAUAUAUUAUAAAUACCUAAUGAUUAUUAUGAUAAUAAUUAUUAAUAACGAUUAUAUUAUGGUUAUUAAUUAUUUUAAUUUUUUUAACGACUACGAGAAGUUUGAUACGUCAAUACCGAACUAUAUACUAUUACCAUUUACCAUUAUCAAUAUUAAAAGAUAUAAAUAUAAAUUAAUUUAAAAUAAUGUGCACGAAAAACAAAUAAAUAACGUCAAAAUUAUAUCUAUAAUAUGCUUUCAAUAUUUUGCAAUUCGGUUGUGUACAAAGGCUGAUAUUACCGUUAAUUAUCAGUUUUUGUUCGAUUUUUAUUGAUUGAUUAUGAAAAUAAUACUUUAACUAACGAAAUCGCUCUUAAAAUGUUGUUCUUGAUUGUGAGAUUUUUUUUCAUACAAAUUGUUUAUUUAUUGUUUAACGCUUUAUAAUAAAAUGUAUAAAGUUGAGCAAUAUUCAGUAUAAUUUAAAAUAUAAUAAAAAAUAUUUUUUUUUUUAACUUUAUUUAUACUACAUAAUUAUAUAGUUGACGUGUUACAUAAUACAAAAAAACUGUACAUAUCAUUUUGUGUUUUUUUUUUUUAUAGAUUUGUUCUCCCAAUUUUUUAUUGGUAUAUUUACAUGUCUUGAAGUAAAAAAUACUACUAAAUCGUAAUAUAAAUGUUUUAAAUUCUACCUUAACUUUUCUAUAUAGAUUGAGUUUUAAAUUAAUGUUUUGUAUAUUAUGUAAACUGAUCAUAAAUAAAAUUGUUAUUGUAUAUUUUAUAAACGUUCUGAAUGAAUCAGCGGAUAUAUAUAUAUAUAGCUAUUCCAGAGUUUUAAUAUUAUGUUUUAUAUUAUUUUUUCUGAUUUCAUAUUGUUGACGGUCAGUAAAAUAUAUCAUUUAUUUUAAUUUUACUCAAUUUAAAUAGACUUAAGCGUUUUGUCGUUAUUUUUAAUUUACAUACGGUGCAUUGUAACUUUGUUUUGUUUUGUUUUAUUAUUAUUUUUUUUUUCAAAUUUUAUAACUGAUCAAGGAUAGUUUUUGUAACUUAGUCGGGGCUGCUCUUUUUACAAUGUAUUUAAGAUUCUCAUAUUAUUUAUGUAAAAUUGUUUUUAAACUUGAAGUAUGUUGUAUGAGAUAUGAUAUAACCAAUAAUAUGAACAUAAUUAUAUAAGUUUUUAAAAACUUUAAUAUACAACAUUGAAAAUCUUUUGAUUGAUUUUAUCAAGUUGCAUUUACCCCAGUCCCCUUAUACCCAAUUGCCAUUGUAACUAUAUUGUUAUAGGUUGCACACACUUAGCUACAACAGCUGGUAACUGUGAAAUGCUCUGUAAACCGCUAUUGUGCUACAAACUACUAUUAUCCCGCUUUAACUAUGCGUCCAAGUCCAUCAUAUUUUGAUAUAUUAUUACCUAUAUAAUUAUAAAUUGUAAAAAUCAUGAAAUAAUAAAAAAAAAAAACUUAGUGAUUUAUAAUAUUAUGUUGAACAAACAUUUUAAAGAAUACAAUUUUUUUUUUUAAUACAGAACAAUUAAUGUAUUAAUGUGUAUGAGAGCGGGUGAGUGUGUGUCUUAUAAUUGUAUAAUAUGUACGUAUAAACUUGUUCAGCAAAGGGUUGUAACAAUAAUGCAAAAGUCUUAACAAAUACAAUUUUAGUUCAGUUAAGUUUUAUUGUUUCUAAUGUAAUAUGUAAUUUUAUGUUUACUGGAGAUGAAAAAAAUGUUUCUGGUUUCUGUUGACAUUAACAUAAUUAUUAUUUUUACAACUACAUUUAUAAGAUCCAAUCUAAUCUAUUUUAUUGUGAUAUAUCUUAAACAUAAAUGUAUAAUGUAUGAUUAAAAAGACCAUAUUAUAAAAAUACAGUGUUUAGACGCAUUCGAUACAUUGUAUUUGUUAUUUAUUUUAAUUUUAAAUUAAUAUAAUAUAAUAUACUUGUAUGACUUAAAAUUAUAUGUUGCUAGUUAUGCUAUUAUUAAAUAUUUGUGCAUUUGGUA